CUUUUUUUUUCUUUUUGGAAAUGCACGCUGUCACGCACACACAGACAUCUGCACUCGCCAUCGUGACAAGUAUACAACGGUUGAGAGUUGAUUGACAUCUUAUAUCGUUCUUUGACAUUCUACUACAGCCACUGAGUCCUGACCGGGGAGCUUACAAGCCUAGGCAGCGCGGAGUAGUCUAACACUCUUCCCUCCCAGUGGAUAUCAUGGUCAGUCCACACUUGUCGCAACAAAUGAAACCACGACAACAACAAACUGCUUCUCACCAAGAACAAAGUAGCCAAGCAGACCGUGUAGACACUCGUUAUCUACCAGACUUUCAACAUCCAUCUCAAAACCUCCCCGAUCCCCCAACCAGCCUAGCGCCAAGGGCCGGACAUCGACGUCUGUGGUCCGGUCGUGUGGUCCACCACAGACACGUCAACCAUGCACCGAAGGGAAAAAGCACCGACCACGUCUCCAUGGCACGUCACAUCAAUCAAUCAAUCGAUCACGAUUUCACGACUCACAACUUUGCUUCUUCCCGCUACUUCGGUUCCCGUGCUACCCCUUCUCAAGGCGACUUCACUUUGAACUGCAUGUGUGGUGUACCGGUAUUCCCUCAAGUGCAAUUCUUCAACAACGACGGAUAAACGGUGAGAGAAAGGUGGUGUGAAUUUACCUAAGAAGCCAA